UUUGUUUGGAAAAGCCAAUGAAACCAGAAGAAUUAUUGGCAGUCGUUGCAAAUUCAACAGAAAAGCCGGUGUUUGUUUUUAAGUAUUUUCCAGAAAAUUAUUCCUGGGGCAUGAUUGCGCCUAACUCAGCAACACCAGGAGAUAGCUGCUGUCGAUAUUACAUCACCAUUUUCUACAAUGGACUAACCGGAUAUUUUGAUAGAAUUGUUGCCAAAAAUGGAUGCAACUGUAAAUUACCUUCACCUGCAGUUGAUGUCAAAACUAAAAUAGAUCUAAAACGAGACGAAAAGAAAAUUCUCGUGGCCAACAGACAUAGACCACUCCUGACGUUUCUAUCCGAUGAUGUUAUGAUAAGCGAAGCCUUGUUUACUGAUGAAAUUAGACGUGUACCAACAGUAUUUUCAAGAUAUUCAGAUAUCCCUCUGUGAACAAGUAGGUACGAUAUGCAGGAUAAGGAAAUCGAUUUCAUGUCCGAUUACAGUUACUCCUUGUGUAGAUGUGUAAGCAAGGAAAUUUUUGGAACUGAAAAUGAAUUUGAACUUGUAAUGAAGGAAAUGGUGAAUGAAAUUCGUAAAGAGCCUCACUUAUAUGGUAAAUUCAUGCGAUGGGACAAGGACGAAACAGAAAAUGAAGAAUUUUUGAAAAAUUUUACAUCAAGAAAAAGAAAGAAACUUGACUUCUUCAAGAGGCAGACGACUGUUGAAAAGGAGCAAGCACUUUUUUAUGCUAAUCGAAUAGAGGAUGGAAUGGAAAUGGAAGACUUAGAGCUCCUUUCAAUAGCCACAUGCUUUCAGGUUCCAGUAUUCGUAAUCUGCGUUGAAGAAGACAAAGGAAUAAUUUCAACGUCAUGGAAGGAAUUUACACAGCUAAGAAGAAAGCACAGACCGAAACACAUAAGAAAUAUUGCACGAGAACAUUGUUGUCAUAAAGAUGGCGAUGGCUUUAGCAAUUUUUUUAUAAUGGUGUAUAGAACUUUUUCAGGACAUUUUCAUCGAAUAGUCCCCAAAAACGAAAUUUACAAUUGUAUGAUAGACCACCCUAAAGUACCGGAAAUUGAAUACCACAGAGUAAGCAGAGCAGAUGAAAAUAUCUUUGCAAAAAUGAGGAGUAUAGAGAACAGACUCACAGUCACAUGGAUAGCCCUUGACAAUUGGAUACGAUGUAACAUGGCACUUGAACUUCUUUGCAUAGAAAUUAUUGAUGGGUUAGAAUGCCGAAGGAAAAUUGUUAAUAUCGCAUCAAUCGUUGGGUCUUCUGUGGGUCUGGUGGGGGCUGCCCUUGCCGUUGGUGGACUUAUUGCUGCCCCGUUCACAGCAGGGGUUUCACUUGGUCUCACAAUUGCUGGCGGAGUUGUAGGAGGAGUGGGAGGUUUCACGUCAGCAGGAUCAAAAAUUUCAGAGUUUAUUUUAAAUAAAGCGACCUAUCCCAAAUGGAAAGAUACCAAAUGAAUUUACGAGAGCGAUCACGAUGUCUUGAAAAAUCCAUCAAAGCUGUUGAAAAAGAAAUCAAAGAUCUUUUAGAGGCUGAAGAUUAUGCUGAAUGCAUGGAUAACAACGCCCUAGAAAUAGCAACAUCUGCUCUCAGAUCGCUCACUGUUGUACCGGUGAUUUUGCUACGAAUUAUUGCAAGGGUUAUUUCCCUUGGUGACAUGAUUCUAGUUCCACUUUCAGCUCUUCUUGACGCAGGGAUUCUAGUGUUUUCCAUUUAAAAUCUCAUGAAAGCGUCGCGGACAAGAGAAACAGAACGGUUAAGGACAAUCCGUAGCGUGCUUAAAGUUUCAAGAGUGCAAAUGCAGAUCUGGGGAUACGGAAACCAGAAAAAAUGGGAAAACAAUAUCAAUGACAUUCCUGGAAUUCCCUAAAGUUAGUAACACUUUUGAUUGAUAUGACGCCAAUAAUUUAAAGACUACAUGUAUAAUUAUUCCGCUUUGAAUGUUUUCAUAAAAUUUACUAUUUAUCUAUUUUGUACAUAUUUUAAGGAUACUACGAAAUAAUUUCUUUAACCCAACCCCCCUCAA